AUGGUACAUUCUGCUACCAAGGGCGUAUUCCCCGAGGUUGAUGAGAAGGACGGUUCAGUCGAGCCAGACGCAGCGGCGUCUCGCCUUGUCGCUCUCCACCCCUUCCUCGCCCAGCCUGCCAUCGCCGCAUCUCCCGCCACACCCGCGUUCCUUCCGCGCUCCGCCUCGCCUCUCCCCGUCCAUCCCCUACCCGUUCCCGCCGCUGCAUCUUCCCCCUGCCCGCCGCGCGCGUCAUGGCUGCGCUCAACCGCUUCCGCUUUCACCCCCGCGUCCUCCAUCCCUUCCCCAGCCCCAUCUUCCGCUCUGUCCUUUCUCCCCGCCCCAUGCGCCGCUUCCGCCGCUUCCGCCCCUUCCGCCUUCCACCUCACAGCGCGCUCCCCUUACCGUGACUCCGCUCCGCCCCUUCAUCCCCCGUAUCGACACGCCUGUCCACAUAUCGGCCGCGAAUUCAGCAGCAGCACGGGAAGCAACGGCGGGGGAAGCGGCGCGGCGGAGGCUGGAGAUGGCGCGGGGGACACACCCCCCGGGGGGAGUAUUUUCCAGAAUAUCCGGGUGGAGCUUGUGGCGGACGGGCAGGUUGGGUUAAUUACCCUGGCACGGCCGAAAGCGCUGAACGCGCUGUCACAGGCGGUUAUGGGGGAGGUGGUAUCUGCGUUAAAGUGGAUGGACCAGAAAGCCACGGUGGGGGCGACGGUGAUAACGGGCGAGGGGCGCGCGUUUGCAGCGGGGGCGGACAUAGCGGAGAUGGCGCCACUGACCUUCGCUGCUGCUCUCAAGAGGGACCUGCUUUGGCAGUGGGACGAGAUGAGGCGGCUGAAGAAACCGGUCAUUGCUGCUGUCAACGGCUAUGCCUUAGGUGGCGGGUGCGAGCUGGCGAUGAUGUGUGACAUCAUCCUGGCGGGCGAGAAGGCCGUGUUUGGGCAGCCGGAGGUGAAGCUGGGGGUGAUUCCCGGGAUGGGUGGCUCGCAGCGACUCACUCGCGCCGUGGGCAAGGCGCGCGCCAUGGAGAUGAUUCUCACAGGGGAGUUCUUCAUGGACGCAGAAGAGGCUGCACGGGCUGGGCUUGCUAGUAGAGUGAUCCCAGGCCCACCAGAGGAGCUAGUGAAAGCAGCCAUAGCAACAGCUAGCAAGAUCGCAUCUCUGUCGCAACCGGCUGUAGCCAUGGCGAAGCAGAGCGUCAACGCGGCGUUCAACGGGUCGCUGGCUCAAGGGCUGGCGGAGGAGCGAGCACUCUUCCUCUCCUCCUUCGCUCUCGCCGACCAGAAGGAAGGCAUGCAGGCGUUUCUGGAGAAGCGGGCUCCUGAUUUCAAGCAUGAAUGA